AAGGAAGGUGUGACCAUUUGCCCACAAUGGGAGCUUACUCAUCCUGGCUUGUCAAUUACACACUGCCUAACUCAGCUCAGUUUACACAAGAACCUCCUUCCAACCUGUCUCCUCAACGGCCACCAUCUCCUCCUUCUUCAACGCUCUGUCCAACGUAUUACAAUUGGAUACAUUGGCGUAGCGUCUUCCGCCCGUCGCCACUAUGCAAUCUGCACAACAGCUGGCUCCUCCACCUCCGAAUUUGCAUAACCAGUCCAACCCGAUAGAUCUCACUCUGGACGAGGACGAGGAUGACUCCUAUGUCAAUGAGAGAGCCUGCAAACGAACUUGUCCUCUUGGUCGUUCAUUUAAUGCAAUAAAUACAGCAUGUCCCGAUGCUGCGCCGAACCAAUAUUCCCCGCCGUACCACUCUGGCUUGUCACCUGCUAUGUCUUCUUCCUCUUUACAAGCGGAAGGACGAGUGCCUCCGGGAUCAUCUUAUAAUUACGCUGAUACACAGAGCCCAACGAAUUCUUUACAACAGCCCCUUCAACCACCCAUUCAACCGCCAAAUGUGUCUAUUCCGCUCUUGAAGUCGCCAUUCCCCUCAUUCCCGGGCUUCCCUGUACCCCCUCUGUCUGUCUCUUCUUCCCGUCCCGUUGCACCAGCGUCAUAUUACGAGACAAGCGCGCCCACACAGUCCCAACCAUAUGCUACAUCGUCCACCCCUGGCCCGUCGAGCAAUGCACAAGCUCGACAAGUUAUUGACCUCACAAACUCCCCUUCUCCACCUCCGUACCCACAACAGCCGAUUCAAGGGACUUCUAUCGCUGACCUUUCUCCGAGCACUCCCGUUUGUAUUGGACAAUUGACAGCGACCGCACUGGUCUUGUAUCCUAUACCCUACCUGUGCCAGCAGCCAGCCGGGGUUCCGGACCCAGAAUGGGCCCGCGUCCGAUUGGCAUUUGAGAAUAGAAAUGGCGGGCAACCAACUAUUCAUAUCAAAGCCCCUACCACAGUUUUGCCCAAUGGACAGCAGGUGCCUGGAGAAAACUUUGCUGUUGUAGAACAGAAAGUUGCGUCAUCCUUAGGUGGUCUGAUGUCCAAGGGACAUAUACGGCUAGAUGCCAAAGUUCGCAGAGACAGACCCAAUUUGCCUAUCCUGCCGUUACAGAUGCUAGUCUUUACCCCCAAGGCAAAUAUACCCGCAGUUUCCUCCUUUUUUCAGCAGAAUGGUUUGCUGUUAGAUCACCCGACCUUGCCUUCAGAUAUACAGAGAUUGUCUGCACCUGAUCAGUAUUACUUUAACCCACACAACCCGCCUCCUGGUGGGUUCGCUCGUGCUUCCGCAGGUCUAGGUAGACCAGGUUAUACAGGUGUAGGAGCAGGUACCAUGGGUCGAUGGAAUCCGCAAGUUGCUGGCAAGAGCGUAGAGAUACAGAGAAGUCAGGUCGAGGAGUUGUUCAAGAGCCUCAAAGAUGGGGACGAGCUGGAGGAAACGGAGCCUCCACCCGAGGUUGCAACUCCUCUAUACCCUCAUCAAAAGAAAGCCUUGACGUUCCUCCUCGAGCGUGAGCGCGAAAGACCUGGACCCGAUGGGACCUUCUCAACACUGUGGCAAAAGCGUCAGAAUGCCCACGGACAGCUUUCAUGGUAUCACAUUGUCACUCAAAGAGAAGUCUUUGAAGAACCCCAAGAGGCCAAAGGUGCAAUACUAGCCGAUGAUAUGGGACUGGGGAAAACUAUUUCUUGUGUAGCGCUCAUAGCUGCCACCAUGAACUCUGCACAGCAGUUUGCCAGCUCUCCGUUACAGCUACCUCCGCCGCCACAGGAAGCUGUACCCGAUGAACCUCCUCUAACGGCAGAUCAUUUCGCUGGGACCGUAUGGGGCACGCCUCAACUAGCGCCACAGCCUACUUCAGCCAAGGCGAAAGCUAAGCAAGCUCGUGAAAACGAUAAAGCGUAUGCUGAAUAUACUCGGGCAUGUCGGCUGAAGGCGAAGAGUCGGGCAACGCUCAUAAUUUGUCCAUUGUCCACUGUUGUCAAUUGGGAAGACCAAUUCCGAGAACAUUGGCAGGGACAGGUUACUGUAGUUGGUGGCGGUGGAGGUACCAGUUGCGGACAGACUUUCACGCCCACUGCAGCUUCGAUACCGUCCACUCCUCAGCCGCUGAUUGCAAAUUCCUCUUGGGCAUCUUCAACCUCUUUACCUCAUUCCUCUCAGAUCUUAAAGGCUGUAGAUGAGAAACUGGAGUCCGCCGCCCGGGGGAACGAAGGAACUCCGCUACGCGUCUACGUAUACCAUGGUAAUGCGCGACGCCCGGAUCCUGCAUUCCUCGCAGAUUUUGAUGCUGUCAUUACCACCUAUGCUACUCUUGCCACUGAGUAUUCGAAACAGUGCCGGAGCGCCACGACUGCUGACGAUGACGAUGAUGACGGAGGUAGCAGCGAUGGGUUUGCGGAAGUUGAUGAACGAGGUAAUGCUAUCGUCAAGCUGAGGCCGAAGAAGAAUGGCGUCAAGAAACGAAAGAAGAGUGCAGCUGGUUCUUCUGGUGUCGAAUGCACCAGCGCGUUGCAAAGUGUAUACUGGUUCAGGGUCGUCCUAGAUGAAGCACAUUCGAUCAAGGAGAUCAGCACCGUUGCUUGCAGGGCGUGUUGCGAUCUUGUCGCAGACCGUCGCCUCUGUCUGACUGGAACGCCUGUCCAAAACAAGCUUGACGACGUGUAUGCUCUUAUCAAAUUUCUUCGUCUAAGUCCCUUCGACGACAAGAGCGUUUGGACCGAGUUCAUCGGUACCCCUGUCAAGUAUGGACAACCUCUUGGAGUUGCUCGUCUUCAGACCAUCAUGAAGUGCAUCACCCUUCGGAGAACCAAAGAGUCUAAAGCAGAAAAUGGCCAGAGGAUCUUGUCCUUACCUCCUCGUCGUGACGAACUCAGGUAUCUCAAGUUCGACGAACAGGAGCAAGCUAUAUACGACCAGUUCUUCACGGAAUCGAAGGCCGAGUUCAACGAGUUAUCCAACAAGAACGAGGUCAUGAAGAACUACGUCGGCAUCCUGCAGAAGAUUCUCCGCCUUCGACAAAUUUGCGACCACUUCGAGCUCGUUAUGAACAAAGGCCUUGGGCUGGUCGGCGAUACCCCGUCUCCGGGAUCUAUGAGCUACGAAGAGCUCGCUUCCGCCGUGGCCAACGAAGGUAUCAAUCCAACCAGAGCGGCUGCCAUAUUUGCGAUACUGCGGGAGGCAGGCACAGCCCAAUGUGUUGAGUGCGGUUAUGAACAUGGUAUUUCUGGAGAUAACAACGGGGACGGAUGUCCUUUGGCGGACACUCCAUCGAGUCAAACUAAACGAGGGAGAAAAGUCAAAGCCUCUGCCUCCAGCUCCCGUACAUCCACCCGACCGAAUAGCCCCGUUCCUGCCAGUCCGAUUCUUACAAGAUGUCAACAUCUCUUCUGUGUUGCUUGUUUCCGAUCAUCGUGCUUUCCUGGCUGGCCGCAUGUACCCUGCGACACACGCCGUUGUUGCUCUGUCUGUCAGACAGCCCUUUCUCCCACCGAUGCUGUGGAGAUUACUCCUGAGCUUCUGGCAGAAAAUAAUGGGAAGAAGAAACCUGGUAAACGAGAGAAACGUCAAAAGCUUACGUCGUACGAGAACCUCCAAUUGUCUACGAAGAUCAAAGCUCUGCUUGGAGACUUGAUCUAUUUUUCUCGAGCAAACCCUCAUUCGGCCAAUUAUGAUCCUGAAUCACAAGAGGUCCAAAUGGUCGAUGAGGAGGGCAACCAACUUGAUGAUGGAGUGGUGAAAACUGUCGUGUUUUCGCAAUGGACAUCUAUGUUGGAUAAGAUCGAGGAUGCCUUGGACGCAGUAGGAAUCCGUUAUGACCGUCUCGACGGGACAAUGAAACGUGACGAUCGCACUCGAGCAAUGGAUGCCCUGAAGUAUGAUCCUGGAUGCGAGGUUCUUCUGGUCAGUUUGAAGGCUGGAGGUGUCGGCCUCAAUUUGACGGCUGCUCAACGUGUAUAUUUGAUGGACCCUUAUUGGAAUCCUGCUGUGGAGAACCAGGCUGUAGAUCGUAUCCAUCGUCUUGGACAAAAGCGUCCAGUCACCACCAUCAAGUUGAUCAUCGAGAAUUCCAUAGAAGCCCGCCUGCUCGAAGUACAGAAGAAGAAGACGGAGUUGGCUAAUAUGACCUUGGGUCAAAACUUGACCAAAGCCGAAAUGCAUCAACGCCGUUUGGAAGAGCUCAACAAGUUGUUCAGCGGCUAAUAUGUUUUCCUUUUUCUUUGUUUGUCUUCCCUGCUGUCCGUCGUAUCUUAUGCAAUAUCAUAUCAUUGUUCUUUGUAUAGAAUAGCUUAUCUCACCGUUGUAUUCUUGGAGUCGCUUCGCUGUCGUCGUUUUUACAUCAUCACACUUGUAUCAUUCGCAUUGGCAAUCUAAUAUACCUAGAG